AUGGGGAACUUGCAGUCUUCUGUAAAAAUGCAGAAUCUUUUGCAGAGGUUGCUGAAGAAAAAUGGCACGCCAGUAAAGGCAAAAACAGUGCUUUCAUUUUUACAAACAGUGCAGCAGCACGCCCCUUGGUUUUUAGAAGAGGGUAUGCUAAAUGUGCCACAGUGGGAACAUCUCGGAAGGGAUUUAUCUAAAGCUGAUCAACUUAAACCUCUCCCUCCGGGUACUGUGGGAUUCUGGUCUCUGAUUAAGUCUUGUCUAGUAGAUAAGACAGAUAAAUUCAAGGAAUUGUUACAAGAAGGUGAAGCAGCUCUCCGCGAGCUUCAGGAGGAAGCUUCUCAGCCAAGUAGUGUUGGUGAGAGAGCAGAACCUGAAAGUAGUCAGGAUAGUGAGGAAGAACAUUCGGGUGAGGAGCUGGAUGCUGUGGCCAAGGGCACCGAGAAACUAGCCUUAAAGCCACCUAGAAAGGCCCGACGGACUCCUGUGCCACCCCCUGGGGAGCCUCUGGUGGCACCCAGUGCGCCGCCUUGGCCACACUCCAAUCUCCCUGGGUGGGCUGCGCCCAGUGAGGCAGUGAGGCCACAGCCCAGGGAGGUUCAGUCAUGGCAUGAUAUUGUUGGAGCCAAGCAAGUUUUUCCUGUUAGAGAGGACUGGACCCAGAACCCUGCAGUUCGUUUGCAUGACCCCUUAAAUUUUAAGCUAAUAAAAGAUUUGAAGAUUGCUGUGGAUUCUUAUGGGGUUCAUGCGCCUUACACUAUGGCUGUUUUGGAUCAGUUGGCUGCUGAUGUUUUGACUCCUGAGGACUGGAGGAAUGUAGCCAAGGCCACUCUCUCCCCGGGCCAAUACUUGCUUUGGAGAGCUGCUUGCCGAGAGCUGGCAAUAGAUACUGCCCACCAUAAUGCUCAGGCUGGGAACCCCACAUGGAAUGAGGAGGCAUUAUUAGGGGAAGGUGCUCAUGCUGGCCAACAACAGCAGAUUCAGUACCCUGAGCCAUUAUAUUUACAGGUUGCUAACAUAGCCACUGGAGCUUGGAAGGCAAUACAGAGUAAGGGUGAUGUGUGUUAUUCCAUUGCAAAGGUGACUCAGGGACCUAAUGAGCCUUAUGCAGAUUUUGUGAGCCGUCUCAUGGAAGUGGCAGGGAAAUUAUUUCCAGAUGUAGAACAAGCCAUGCCUCUGGUAAAGCAACUUGCCUAUGAGAAUGCAAAUAGAUGGUGCCAGAACGUUUAA